AAAUAUAUGGAUAUUCAUAAAAAACAAAACUGAAUAUUAAAUUAGGACUAGGAUUAGUGGAAAUUGCGUGUGAAUGUUGUCUUGGUAUAAAUGGGGUGUUGGAUGAUAGAAUGGACAUCAUUUCCCUUUCGACUCUUUGGGAAACAGUCAAAAAUGAAAUUCUUCGUUGUAUUCGCUUUACUUGCUGCUGCAGCUUGUGCUGUUGCUGAAAACCUUCCAUCUUCGGAAUAUCUUCCACCUGUACAGGACAUCGGAAUACCCUCCAACGAAUACUUGGCUCCAAUUGAAAUUGGUGCUCCACUCGCCCAGUACUCUUCAGGAGUUCUUGCCGAUGAUGGUUACCGUUACAAGACCGUGAAACGAUUCCGCUCCAGGCAUCGUCGUGAUGUUAGCGAACUUCCAUCAAACGAAUACUUGCCACCAUUCCAACAGGAUUCGUACGCACCAAUCUCAACCUACCCAACUCCAUCCAACGAAUACUUGGCUCCAAUUGCUCCAGCUGCCCCAAUCGUAGAUUACUCUUCUGGAGUUCUUGCCGAUGAUGGUUACCGUUACAAGACUGUGAAACGUUUCAGGACUGCCAAGCGUUUCCGCUCAAGGCACCGUCGUGAUGUUAACGAACUUCCAUCAAACGAAUACUUGCCACCAUUCCAACAAGAUUCUUACGCACCAAUCUCAAGCUACCCAACUCCAUCCAACGAAUACUUGGCUCCAUUUGCUCCAGCUUCCCCAAUCGUAGAUUACUCGUCCGGAGUUCUUGCCGAUGAUGGUUACCGUUACAAGACCGUGAAGCGUUUCAGGACUGCCAAGCGUUUCCGCUCAAGGCACCGUCGUGAUGUUAACGAACUUCCAUCAAACGAAUACUUGCCACCAUUCCAACAAGAUUCUUACGCACCAAUCUCAAGCUACCCAACUCCAUCCAACGAAUACUUGGCUCCAUUUGCUCCAGCUUCCCCAAUCGUAGAUUACUCCUCCGGAGUUCUUGCCGAUGAUGGUUACCGUUACAAGACCGUGAAGCGUUUCAGGACUGCCAAGCGUUUCCGCUCAAGGCACCGUCGUGAUGUCAGCGAACUUCCAUCAAACGAAUACUUGCCCCCAUUCCAACAAGAAGCCUACGGACCAAUCUCAAGCUUCGCUGCUCCAUCCAACGAAUACUUGGCUCCAAUUGCUCCAGCUGCCCCAUUCGCCCAGUACUCUUCCGGAGUUCUUGCUGACGACGGAUACCGUUACAAGACUGUGAAACGUUUCAGAACUGCCAGGCGUUACCGUUCCAGGCAUUAAGUGCCUUAUGUCGCUCCUUAAGGUUCCCAUCGAAUCAUAGAGAUGAUGAAGCAUUUAGAAACUCGUAUUAUAUCAGAAAUGUAUGUUUUAUACUUAGAUUUUUAAUAAACACAUAGAUACCUUUAA